AUGCUCCCAGGGCGCAUCCUCCUCGCUGGGCUCCGGCGCUCAGCCUCUGCCGCUUCUUCCGUUGCUCAGUCGCCAAAGAAUAUGUGCUAUUGGGACAGAGUUAUUUGGAGUUCACGUUAUUUUCACAGCGCAAGUGACAAUACUUUCAGUGAAGGAGGCUCAAAAGCAAAGGAGCUGCCAGACCCCUUUGCGCUGAUUAAAGAUGAAGUGUCUGAAGUCACAGAUCGAUUACGCUCAAUGGUGGUUGCUGAGAUACCCGAAUUGACAUCAGCAGCUGGAUACUUCUUUAGAGUUGGAGCUGAAGGGAAACGAACGUGCCCUACUGUUCUGCUAUUGAUGGCUUCAGCUAUAAGCACAGACAUGAGUGACCCAAUUGUUGGCUUAGAGAAUAAGCCUCGUGCAAGGCAUGUGCGUGUUGCUGAGAUAACUGAAAUGAUUCAUAUAUCAAGCCUUAUCCAUGACGAUGUUUUGGAUAAUGCUGAUACUAGGCGUGGCAUGGACUCAUUGAACUUCACAGUGGGAAAGAAGUUUUGGCUGGUGAUUUUUCUACUUUUCAGGGCAUUUUCUGCUGCUGUGGCUCUUGACAAUACUGAGGUUGUAUCAUUACUAGCAACUGCUGUAAAUAAUCUUGUAACUGGUGAGCUUAUGCAAUUGACAAUAACCCCAGCGCAACGCUGCAGCAUGGAUUAUUAUUUGCAGAAAACAUACUACAAGACAGCUGCGUUGAUUUCAAACAGCUGCAAAGCUGUUGCAGUUCUUUCUGGGCAAACAACAGAAGUACAAGCUCUUGCUUAUCAGUAUGGCAGACACUUGGGUAUAGCAUAUCAGUUGAUUGAUGAUAUCCUCGAUUUCACAGGCACAUCAGCUUCACUAGGCAAAGCUUCCUUUUCUGAUAUCAAUCAAGGAAUUGUGACGGCUCCCAUACUGUUUGCGAUGGAAGAGUUCCCCCAACUCCGCGAGAUUGUCGAACAGGGAUUUGAUGACCCUUCAUCAAAUGUUGAUGUGGUUUGUAUUGAAAGUGUACCUUUUUCCUUCUUUCUGGUCCUCAAAUACCUUCAGAAAAGUCAAGGAAUCGAGAGGACGAGGUUACUGGCUGCUGAACACGCAAAACUGGCUGCGGUAGCCAUUGAUGAUCUUCCUCCGAGCGAAGAUCCAGUUGUGCUUAGCUCGAGGCAAGCGCUCAAAGAUCUUACUCAAAAGUUCUUGAGGAGAACAAAGUGA